GAAAUGGAGAUCUCUUGGCUAGGGUUUCUCGUUGUUGUCUUUUAACUCCUCCUCGAUUUCGAAUCUCUGCCCUUGUCGGGGUCUCCAAGAAGCCAAGGAGGGUUGUUUACGUUCUGUCCCCCCCUCCUCGCUUUUCUUCACACGCAAGAAACAAACCCUAAUGGACCCGACAGAGCUAAAACGCGUUUUCCAGAUGUUCGACAAGAACGGAGACGGCCGAAUCACCGAGAAGGAGCUGAACGAGUCGCUCAAAAACCUCGGGAUCCACAUCCCCGACAAGGAGCUGAGGCAGAUGAUCGAGAAGAUCGACGUGAACGGGGACGGGUGCGUGGACAUGGACGAGUUCGGGGAGCUUUACAAGUCGAUAAUGGCGGAGGAGGAGGACGAGGAAGAAGACAUGAAGGAGGCAUUCAACGUGUUCGAUCAGAACGGGGAUGGGUUCAUCACGGUCGAGGAGCUGAAGUCUGUCUUGUCUUCCUUGGGGCUCAAGCAAGGGAAGACCCUCGAAGAUUGUCGGAAGAUGAUUAUGCACGUCGACGUCGACGGAGAUGGAUAUAUAUGCUCAUCAGUUUUCUUGGUGCUGAAGAUUCAGUUUGGACAUGGGUAUUGGAUAAAGAUUUUAAAGAAUGGAGCUUCUUGGUUUGAGAAGGAACUCGAGCUCCACCACAUGCAGGUUGCCCUCUGUUAAGGACGUAUGAAUCCUCUCUCUCGAUCUUGGACGCUUCCCCCUCAAAGCAGGAAUACUCUUAAAGAAGGUAAUAUGAAUAUAUAUUUGAGAAGAUUUU